UUGAUAUUGGAUUCAAAAGAGCGAGACACUGUUGCUAAAGAUAUGUUGGAUUUAUUAUCACAAUUAUUAGUGCGUCGUAACGAAUUUUUGAAAAUGCAAGAUAAACAAUUGAAAGGAAAUAAUAAUGUUGCACUUCGUCAUACUUCAAGCAUAAAACUAGAAAGUGCCUUGCUAGUAAUGUUAUGCUCUCCAGACCCUGAAAUUUGUUUAACUGCUGUAAAUUGUUUUGGCCAAUUAUGUUUGGAAGCUGAACUUACUUCUGAAAGUCUUACUAAUGAUAUGGAAGCUCCACCAGAGUUUCCACCUUCACAAAUGACUAUCGUUGAUAAUAUAUACAUUUACAAAGAGUUGUCUACUGUGCCAUAUCCCAUACCUGGUAGAAUGGCUCAACAAAGACGAAUUAGGAAAUUACUGAGAUCAAUGACUCAGCCUAAUGCUGGUAAUCUUGGUGCAUGGGAAGAAGCUUGGUCUAGAUGGCAAUUCCUAACAAAAUUAAUUGUAAAGGCUGUUCAUGAACAGAAUCAAGACCUCUUGCAACAGGCCCGAUUAACUGAAUGGUUAAACUAUACAGGAUUUCUUUCAGCAUUGGGAGGGUGUUGUGUACAUGAACGAUUACGAAACACAAAUCCUCGCUUUGGCGAAUUUUCUCGUCGUGUUUCUGUUUCACCCAAUGAUUAUUACGCGAUGGUUGAAAAAUAUGUUCAAGAGAUGGUCAAUCUUCUCGUGAGCGAUUCUAAUUAUGUCCGUGAAAGUGUUAAGGACAUUCUUGGUAGCGAAUUAAGCCCUCGCUUAUAUGUGAUUUUAUUCCAACAUCUAGAUUCCAUUGUGUCUCAUUUUUUUGAUAGUGAUGGGCAAGCGACCCCAAAUGAGAGAUUUACAUUAUUCGUUGAACAAGCGAUAUUAGUUUUAAAAUUAACAUUGGAAAGGAUAUAUGAUCUAUCUGAAAAUUUGUAUGCAUGUGAUGUUGGGAAUUUAGUACUUUCUUUUGCGAGGUAUUUGAAUAGGCUAAGUGCUAGUCCAUAUUCAUUAAAGAUUAAAAAACGAAUGUGUAUACUUGUAGAAUUAUUAAUGGAAAAAAAGGAUUAUGUGAGUUUGAGGAUGGAAAUUAAAUUAAGGAAUAGGUUAUUGGAAAUUAUUAUUGAAUGGACUUCUGAUUACAAUGUGAAACCGGACAGCCAGAAUGGUUCUGAACAAGGCAUGGGUGGUGGUGCUAACAGAAAUGAACGUAUGCACCGUGACUUGGACCAAGCAUGUUUAAAAACAAUUGUUGCAUUGUUGCAUCAGUUACCUCUACAACCCAGUGAAAUAAUUCAUGAUGGAGAUUUGAGCCAAGUUAGAUCGAGAUUGUUUCAAAAAUAUUUUAAUUUCUUUAUAAAGUUAUUGAAUCGUUGUAGGAUUUUAGAAGCCAUCGAUAGCGGAACGCAUUCCGCAAAAAAUAAUGAAGAUUUGCAAAUGUUGCUUUCGAAGUCUAAAGAAUAUGUAAAAGAUCUGGGUCCGUUAAAAGAUUACACGAUAUUAGCGUUGUCAAAACUUCUGAGUGCCAAUGUAGAUUCUGGGCUGAGAUAUUCGAUUUCAAUGGCAUACCAUGAAGAUACUAAAACUCGAACCGCAUUUGUACAAGUAUUGACGAAUAUUUUAAAUCAAGGUGCAGAGUUUGAAGGACUAGGUGAAAAUGCUGUAAAGGAUCGUUACGAACGGCUUGUUGAUAUGGUAACAAAUUCAGAUUUUGAAGUGGCACUUUCGCUUUGUGAAGCAUGCCCUCAGAGUGAUUCGGAUGAACUUGCGCGUGUUUUGAUUGCAGUGUUUGAUUCAAAAAAUAAAACGAUACCAUUUUUAAGCUAUUUAAUCGAGAGAGAAGUGUACAAUAACUCUCAUGAAGAAGAAAUAUUCCGAGGCACUAGCUUUACACUGAAAUUAUUAUGUGCAUUUGCUAAAGUCCAUGGUGGAGAAUAUUUGAAAGAAACGCUUCAGCCACCCAUAAAUGACUUACUAUCGAAACCUGAAGAUUUUGACUGUGACUUAAAUCCAGGAAAAUAUACAGCUGCUGAGAUUGAAAGAAACAAAAUAAAUUUAAAGGCCACAAUUGAUGUAUUCUUAAAUGCAAUUUAUUCUUCUCAUAUGAUGCCAAAUUCACUUCGACAUGUGUGCUAUAAUAUUUCUAGAAUAGUUGAAAUGAAAUACCCGUUAAAAAAAUACACAGCAGUUGGAGCAUUUAUAUUUCUAAGAUUUUUUAAUCCUGCGAUUGCUUCUCCAGAUAGUGAAAAUCUUUGUAAACCUAUUGAAAGUCAAAGGGUUAAGCGCGCAUUAUUGUCUGUUACAAGGGUUGUCCAGACUAUUGCUAAUAAUGGUGUUAGAAAAGAACCGCAUAUGAGUGAUCUUAAUGAUUUUAUUAUUGAAAAUAUUUCGAAAAUGAAUGCUUAUUUAGAGAGAAUUUCCCAAUUACCAAUAUCUACACCAACUUCUGAACUUAACAGCAUUGAUGCACCACCCAGAAGACUGGACGACAUUGAUCGGAGGAUGUUACAUAAACUUUUACAUGACAAUCUCGAUAAGAUGUAUAAAGAACUUCAGAAUCGUCGUUCUAAGUCUUUUGGACAGCCUAAUGAUGAAUCAGCUCAGGCAAUUGCACUAGCAAAUCAAGCAACAUUGGAUCGAAUAGCAACCUUGCUAGCACAAUUAGGUCUCCCAAUGGAAUCUCAAAAGAAAGAAUCUUUUAAUGUUAGCGUUCAAUCAUUUGCGCCAAAUAAUCACUUCUUUCUCGAAUUUAUGAAAAGGAAUGCUCUUAAAAGCACAGAAUCGAUUAUCAACAAGAAUAUAUUUUAUGAAGGUGGAUUAUCUCUGCAACGACGCCCAGUGUUUUAUUAUAUUGCUAGACGUCUUGAUGUCGAAGCUACAGACAUUGAAUUGCUGACGUAUCACGUACUUCACACCAUCGAAUCACACAUGGCCAGACCAUUUGAAAUUUUAAUAGACCUAACCAAGUUUGGUCCAUCUAAUGAAAUCCAAGCUCAAUGGGUUCAACACUUUGUACAAGUAUUUCCAUAUGACGCUAUCGAAAAUCUAUUGGCUAUAUAUUUGUAUAAUCCCAACAGUGCAUUCAAAAAGUUUGCAAAAAAGUUGGCAAGACCAUUAACUCCUAAUCUCGUAAAAAGAGUACAUUUUUGUUGCUCAUUAAAUGAACUUUCUCAAUAUAUUGCUCAUAAUGAUAUGAGGUUACCAAGAACAACAACUCAACUUGACACGGAUUCUAGUGUUACCUAUUCGAAUGUUAAUAGGGUAUCACAUUACAGAUCACAGGUUCCUGUAACUAUGAAGAUUAGCAAUGAACAUGUUCAGGUUUUGACGCUACGACGUCAAGAACUAUUUAAUGGGCUAAGUUCAACUCUUAAUGAUGUUUAUCAAAUCUCAGAGAUUGACGAUGUGGCUAACUCGUCUCGUAGAAAUAAUGAAGGCGAGUUUAUUAUUAAGCAGGACCGUGGUAGACCAUCAAUUGCGUUCACUAGUCCGGGAAAAGAACUUAUCAUGCAGGCUAUCAGAACUUCAAAGGCAAGAUACCAAAUAGUUAGACCAAAUACGGUGACCGAAAGUGUACUUAGACCAAAUGGUGUUCCAGGCACCCUGUUAAAUAUGGCAUUAUUAAAUAUAGGAAGCGAUGAUCCAAAUCUAAGACUGGCAGCUUACGAUCUAUUGGUGGCUUUAAGCCUCAACUUCAAUUUUGACGUCGGUAACCAGCUACUUAGUGCUAAAGGAUUGUGCAUACCUGCAAAUAAUAUUACAUUUGUUCAACAAUUAAGUGAAAGGCUUGCGAUAACAGAAACGCAUCUAACUUUGGAAUUUCUUACGGAAGUGUUCGUUGGUUUCAGCAAAUCCAAUCCAUCUCAAAAACAUUUGUGCCUUCAGUAUAUGGCACCUUGGCUUGCUAAUUUAGCAUUUUAUGGUAAAAAUGGAUCUGAAACUCAGAAUAGUGUUGCCGAUACGAAACUGAUCUUGCAUAAAUUAAUUGAUUUAACUGUUCGAGAAACAGAGAUGUACACUGCAGUUCAAUCGAAUAUAUGGCACACGUUGAAAGGAGUUGAUGAAAUUACAAAUUUAAUAAUUGAUACAUUUGUAGAAUAUGCCGUUAAAGUUGGCAUUGGAACUGCCCAAGCAGAAAUAGUCGCGAACACGAUGAUUACUUUGUCAUCGAUGAAUGUUCGUGGCAAAAUUAUUGCACGACUAAGAAAUACUAUUGCGAAGACAUCGCAAGAUCAUACGAGAAAUCUGACAGAUAAUCAAGCGUGGACUGAAAUUGCCAUUUUGAUUAGAUUUAACUUGAUGUUAUCAUUUAGCAAUCGUGUAUAUGUUCAAAUCUACUUACCCGAAUUGUUCCAUAUUAUUUCUAUACUAAUCGCGACUGGACCACCGUUAAUUAGAGCAUCAGUCCAUGGUCUUAUAGUCAAUUUAGUUCAAUCGUUAUGCACAGCACAACCUUUAGCACCUGAUAAUUAUAGGAGAUUAACACUAUUAUUGACUGAGUUGUCUGAACCUAAUUUUAAGUUCUUUUUCGGAUUAAAUCAUUCUCCUGGCAAUGCUUUUUUGAUCUCAGCAGAGUCUACGCGUGACAUGCCAGAUACUAUGCCUCUUAGUUCUUUAGAAACUGUAAUUCAAGCAUUGUUGGAAGUCAUUAUUUGUGGUGCACCUUCUAUUGAUAUAUCAAAUGCGUGGAGGGCACGAUGGAUGGGACUCGUUGCAAGUACAGCUUUCCAAAACAAUCCUGCAAUUCAACCACGUGCAUUCGUUGCGUUAGGUUGUUUAGCACGUGAAGAGGUUGAUGAUGACCUAUUAUAUCAAAUAUUGGUCGCAUUAAAAAGGGCCUUGAACUCAUUUUCGGAAAACGAUUGUUCACUUAUAAUAAGCAUAAUCAUGUGUUUAACAAAAAUUGUUGAGAAUCUUGAUAAAGAAUCUUUGUACCUUAAAUAUAUGUUUUGGUUAUCAAUGUCACUAAUCCAAAUAGGGCAUAUACCAAUAUUUCCAAGUGCUGUGAACUUUCUUCAAGUUGUAUUAAGAUCAUAUGAAAUGAAUAACUUUUUUGCCACAGAGGAUAUAGCAACUGUACUGUUAAAAACAAGAAGGGAGUUAGUCCAUGUAUCUGAAGAAAUGGAUAGGGAAGCGGGAAUUAAUUAUGAACAUUUUUCAUUUGCUAUUGCAGCAGCUCUAUUAAAGGGGUUGAAAAAUCCAUCAACAAAAUCGAGUACCCAUCAAGUACUAACUGCAUUUUUGGAUAUUGCCUCAAAAGGUAUAGAUCCUAAUUUAAAUCUGAUUCAUUCUUCAAUGCUAGGAUAUCUAGCGGCUUUAUUACCAUUAUCUGCAAAAAAUGGGGAUAUGAAAGAGUUGUUAUGGUUGUGUGGAAUAUUUGACAUGGACAUUGAUAACUCGGAAUUAUCUACUACAUAUUUCCCGAUAUUUGGAAAACUCGAUAUACCUGAUAACCAAACAGCAUUGCUUUUAGUUUCAUUGAUGGUUACUAUGCUUCAGAAUGCAGAACAUGAGCCCGAACGAUUGUUUUUAUACGGGUUUCUGGCGGAAGCUGCGACUAUGGUGCCAGAAGUUUUUUCUUUAUUCUUUGAUGUAUUACAACCCAAAAUGAUUCAAAUUGUCACGAAUAGUGACACAAUUGCGAUAUUAGAUUCCGUGCAAUCUAUACUACUCGCUGUUGCUUCUGUACCGCAACUAGCAAGAGCACAAGACAAUCAUAUUUCAUAUUUAGAAGAAGUCAAAUUUAAUCACUUGAUGGAUUGUGGAUCCUUCCAAUCAGUUACUAGGGAAAAGAUGAAAAAUAAUGCUAGGUUGGCUAGUGAAUUGGUGGAAUGUAUUAUUAGUCCAGAAUAA